AAACAUUCCACUGACUCCUCAGUUUAGCUUCACCUGGGUGGGAUGGUGCAUUGAGAUUACUCUACCAGAGAGAAAUCAAACAACUAUCAGAUGAUUCCCAUGAAACACCAGAAGACCCUGGGGCUGAUGCCUUGGGACCCGUUUGUCACCACUUACAGUAGUGACUACAAACCCUUCAAUGAGCGCCACCCAGAGGUCAUCCGGUGGGAGCCCAGAACUGAAGCUAAAGCUGCUCCUGCGUUUAUCAACCCACCUCAGACUGAUCGUGAAACCUGGCCUAUAUUUCGUCGUUACUUUUACAAGACAGCCAACGACGCCUACGGCUCACAGUGCUGUUCACAUGUCAACACACACUCACAUAUACCUCCCUGUUGUUCCCCCUUCCCUGCUUUCUUGCCUACAUUUGCAACUUCCAUUUCCGAGACCGGGGUUUUUGGCUCCACCCGGACAAAGGAAGCGGGAGUUGCCAGAGGGAUUGGGCCUUUACUUGGCGAGGAGAAAGGCCAGCUGCACUAUGUUUUUGGUGGAAAGACUAAUGUGUUGGAGCAGCAGGAGGCAAAAGACAAGAUUGAUAUUCUCUACGAGGAAGGUGUGAUUGUGAUGGCAUCUCAUGUUGGUCCAGCCUGCUGUAAAGAUAUCCUUAGAUCUGUCUGCAGAGAAGCUGGACUGCUGCACUUUCCUGUCGCCUCUAGUUCACUUAUCACAGUCAAUGAUGCUGACAGUUGGGGUAACAGUGCCUUCCAGAGUGGCUUGAGACCAGCUUUUGGACUGAAAACCAGCAACUACCUUCAGCCUCCUUCUUCUAGUCAGUGCAGUUGCUGUGCGUGGAAACCCGAGUGCCCGAAUAGUUAUUGCUUCAAAAUGCAAACCUCUCCUCCUGGCAUCCCUCUUGGCAGCACACAAUCUCUGAGCCAUGUGCAGCCGGCUGGCUACAGAGCAGAGCCCUGCAGGACGCCGUGGCAGACAGAGUACCAAGCCAGCUACGCUGCUGGGGUAAGGAGAGGAGAGUGGGCCCAGCCUUAGAUCAAGCAGAGUGACGUUCAUCCUCAUCACUAGAUACUUCACGCGUCAUUCUAAACAUCAAUUUUUGUUUGAAUACACGGCAGAGUAAAAGAAAAGGUUGUCUGCGUGUCUUUGUUAAACAUGGUGAACAAGUUAGAAAAUGCUGCACGUCGGCAAGCAAAGUUAAAAAGUGCUGCUUCUCCGUCCAACCGCCCACAGGCAGAGAACCACAUGUGAAAAAUACUUCCUGACUGAGGUAGUGGUCAAGCUUGCGUCUGUGAUUCUCAGUUACCUUGCCUCGGGAUAGAUGAGGAAGCUGACGAUGAGUCAUAACACAGCAGUAAACCAUCUGCUGGCAGUCACCCAAAUGAGACAGUAAAAUGUGUGAGCUUGUUGUCAUCGUACUGUCAGGAAGAGGUUUAAAUAUCCAUGUAUUCAGAUACUUUAUGUAUGCAAAUUAAAGUUCUGCACAUUAUCAGUAUCAUCAGCGACUCCUGCGGCGUAUGGGUGACACAGCUGUAUCUGAUAGACGAACCGGGUUCAGAUCCUGGUGGGAGGGUCUGGAUUUUCAAUACUAGACAGCCAGACACAAAUCACAGCUGGAGAAGUAGCCAUACAUCUACAACCACAGCCACAGCCACACCAAUAAAUACAGCUGGCCACAGCAUUAGCUACAACCAAAGCCACAGUAAAGGACGCACCCACUCUUUGGCUACAGUCGGAGCUCAGCUUUGCGCCCUAAUUGCACUCUUCAGGUUAGCACAUAAAUAUCAGACGUGACUCUUUUUUUUUUUUUUAGACUGCUCAUAACCACACCAGAAUGUUAUGAGCUCAGCUUGGCUCAUUACUGUUUUAAAACUGUGCUGUGAAAACACACCAGCAUGGAUGUUUCAUAACGU